ACAAACCGUCAAUUCGCGUGUUGCCGUUGCCAAGCGUGCGAUUACAGCUACGGCGAGUGCCAGUUUUAUGCGAAACCUCGCUAAAUAAUGGAUCGCUGAGGAGCCCCUGACGCUUUAGGGCAACGUGACAACGUUCUUUUGUGCGUGUACAAGUGAUCCCUUGCUGUCCCGCUCGGUAAGCACUGAGCGAACGAUCGAGCUCAGCAGGAUGGCGAAAGCUUUGGCAACGGUGACAAAACUGCGGCGCAUCAAAAAGAAGGAUCCCGAUCCUAAUCCCCUGUUCACGAAAUGGCUUCAGGAGUGGAAGGAGACCGCCGUCGCCAGCAACAGCAAACUUCAGCACGUCUACGGCAAGGCAUUAAAGUCACUGAACAAAUACCCCCUGGUGCUGAAGAGCGGCAAAGAGGCAAAGAUCUUGGAAUACUUUGGCGACAAGCUCUGCAACAUGCUCGACAAAAAGCUGGAAGAGCAUCGGCGGGAGAACCCCGACUGGUGCUCGCCCUCUGACUCCGCGGCGCCUACAGUGUUGGACUCGACGGACGAGGACGACUCACAGGCGUCGGCUAGCCAGGAUGACGCGACGACCUCUAGCGGCGGAGGACGGGCCCCCGCGGGCAAAGCGAAACGAAAGAAAGCGGACGAUGCGGGUCCGACAGCCAAGAAGAGGGGACCGCGGAAGUACAUUCCAUUGCCGCGCAGUGGAGCCCACGCCAUACUCGUGGUCCUGGGUCAGAGGCGACUGCAGCUCAAGGCUACCUGGGCGGGUGCCAGCAGUCAUGACUGGAUGAGCAAAUCCGACCUCAUCGUCGCAGCACAGCCUCUCUGCGACGCAUCCUUCACGCAGCCCCUUCCAGAUACCCACUACACAGCUUGGAGCAGCAUGGCAACCUUGAUCAAGAAGGGGCUCGUGACGAAGCAAGGUUGUCCAGCAAGGUUCAGCCUAACAGACGAAGGCGAGGAGCUGGCCUGCCGGCUGAUAUCGCCGGGAACACCUCCCGGAUCGGCCGCUUCGCAGGUCCUGAAUGGCGAUGGCAUCUUCACGUCGUCUUUAUCGGACGAAGAUGCAUCGAACGGCUUCCCAGUCGUGUCGUUACCGCCCCCUCCGCCCCUGGAUUCCCUGCGCAUAGUUUUACUCGUCGACUGCAGUGAAACCACGGCUGUUUCGCAGGAACGCUUCUUGCGUGAGCUGCGGGCAUUGGACAUCCCGCAUGAGGUCCGGAGGCUCAAUGUGGGCGACUUCGUUUGGGUGUGCCGGUCGGAGGGCGGCAUACACGGCCGUCGGGAGUGGGUCCUUGGCCCCCUGGUGGAAAGGAAGCGGACCGAUGACCUGGCAAAGAGCAUCGUGGACGGCCGCUUUCACGAGCAGAAGGUGUGA